CACCACUGCACCAAUACUAUGGCCAUUACCACGCUACCACCACAAGACUACGACUCGGCCGUGACUCGCAACCAGGGCCUGGGACAACUCUUCUUUUGCCAGGCCCAGCAGUCUGCUACAUCCGUUGCGGUCGUCGAUGGGGAAGUAUCGGUCACAUACAGAGAACUGCAUUUCUUGGCCUGUCGUUUGGCCGGGGCCCUGUCCAAAGAGACCGUUUCCCGAGAGGAGCCCGUGGGGAUUGUCGUUCAGCAUGGUGUGGCGUACAUCGUGGCCCAGAUGGCUGUGGUGUAUGCCGGGGGAAGUUGCGUUCCUCUCGAUCCAAAUCUAUCGGACGAGUUGAUUACACAACGGCUACAGCGCCUUGGAGCAAAGACGGCCCUCGUCGACGCACCAAACGGCGCGAGAAACCUGCCGUUCUCUCGGAUUCUGGUGGGCUGGGGCGUGCCUGAUAUGCCGGCAGAAGAGGCGAAACCGGUGUACCCGGUCUGUACGGAUCUCAACCACCGCACGCACAUCAUUCAUACAUCCGGAACAACCAGCGACCCAAAAGCAGUUGGGAUUGCAGCGCGGUCUAUACUUCAUGCUGUUUACCACGCGCCCUUGGAACCAGUAAGGCGGGACGAUGUCGUCGCACAUGUCAACAACAGCAGCUUUGACGUCUCGUUAUUCGAUAUCUGGGGUCCGCUGCUGAGAGGCGCGCGCAUUGCUGUGCUCCAUAGGAUGGUUCUUUUGGACCUCCCGCUUAUGGCAAGCCAUAUCACUCAGCUCGGUAUCACGGUGAUGGCAACCACGUCUGCCCUGCUUAACCUAGCCGCUACGACGUGUCCUUGGGCGUUUGCGAAGCUGCGGAUCUACUUGAUUGGAGGAGAGGCCGCGAAUGCAGCAGCAAUAGGCCGGGUUCUUAGAGGUGGUCCGCCGGUGACGUUAGUCAACGCUUAUGGGCCGACGGAGUGUUGUGUUUGGAGCCUGGCGCGGCAGGUCAGUCUUGAGGACGUCGAGGCUGGCACUGUCAGUAUUGGCAGUGCGAUAGGCCGUACAGUGAUCUACAUUGCAGACGAGGCAGGCCGGGAGGUUGAUGAAGGAGAGCUCUGGAUUGGAGGCCCGGGUGUGUCUGCUGGGUAUAUUAACGAUCCCAAAAGGAACUCGGCUGCGUUUACGACUGUCCAGGGCAUGACUGCGUCUGGAGAGCCCGUCCGACUCUACCACACAGGAGACAUCGUACGCAAACGCAAGGACGGCCAGAUUGACUACAUUGGCCGGGUAGACCACCAGGUCAAAAUCCGCGGGUUCAGGGUCGACCUGGGUGCAGUCGAGAGCGGGCUUCUCCGGACCGGUCUAUUCUCUGAAGCUAUUGCCCUCCACGUCCCAGAGCUACAGCAAGGUGCGGGCUCUUUGUUAGUUGCCUAUGUCAUCCUCUCGGACCCCUCCAGCUCCACCGAGACUUCUCAAGCCAAGCAGUUACUGGCCAAGAUACUCCCCGACUACAUGAUCCCGCAGCACUUGGAGCUCGUUUCAAAGUUUCCCUUGAACAGUCACGCAAAGGUGGAUCGAAAAGGCUUGGUGCAGCUCUUCCGCAACCGGUGGCAGGCCCCGAGCGCUCUUCUGAAGAGCGCAAAGUCUGAGGAUAUCAGGACGACACUGAGUAGGUUGUGGGCUCGUAUCCUACCUCCGUCCCGGGGCUACACCUAUCAAGACGGUGAUGAUUUCUUCACUCUAGGGGGCACAUCGCUGCAAGCAUCUCUACUCAUAAGCCAGAUUCGACGUGAGUGCGGCGUGGAAGUUCCUCUCCUGGCGCUUUACGACCACUCAACGUUCGGAUCACUGGCUGCUUUUGCCGAAAAGCGCGCCGGCACUGGCGCUGAUCCCCGUGAGACAAUCCGUGAUGAACGCAACAUCUGGCUGGCCGACUCCCGUCUCGCCGAUGAUGUAUGCAUCUCGUCCCAGGCCCCAGUGGACUGGACUAGUGACCUCGAGGGUCGGGUCUUUAUAACCGGGGCGACCGGGUUCGUGGGAUCAUUUAUGCUGGCAGAGUUGCUGCGCAGGCCUGAUGUACACCAAGUUGGGUGUCUUGUCCGUGGAUCCAAUACCGCCGAGGCAACGCAACGCCUUCGGAAAGCCAUGCACAAGUACCACCUCUGGGAGGAAAAAGGAUUCAUGAAUAAGAAGCUAGUAGUCUUCCCUGGCAAUCUAGAAGACAGACACCUAGGCCUCGGCCUGGAGCGCUUCAACCAGGUCGCCAACUGGGCCAGCGUUAUCUUCCACCUCGGUGCCCGCGUCAACUAUACGCAGCCCUACUCAUUGCAUCGUCCGGCCAACACCAUUGGAACGCUGAAUGUCAUUCGACUCGCCUUUUCAGGCCGCCCCAAGUCAAUCCAUUACAUGUCCAGCAUCUCCUGCUUCGGUCCAACCGGAUCCAUUAACGGCACGAAAGUAGUGCACGAAGACGAGGCGCUCACUCCACAUCUCAAGGCACUCCCGUACGAUCACGGCUACGCCCAAAGCCAAUGGGUGGUUGAGCAGCUUCUCCGUCGUCUCAUGGAUCGAGGUGCUCCGAUAGCAAUCUAUCGACCAGGUUUCAUCACCGGCCAUAGUCAGACUGGGGCAUGCAAUCCAGACGACUUCUUCAGCCGCCUUAUCCAGUCCUGUCAAGAGAUGCAAUGCUAUCCGCACCUCCCGAGGCAGCGCAAGGAGUUUGUUCCAGUGGACUAUGUCAAUGCGGCGUUGUUGCAUAUCGCCUCCAAUGCAUCGUGUCUCGGGCAUGCAUACCACUUUGUCCCUUCCGAUCCCAAGGCAUCCAUCGACAUGGAUUCAUCGAUGGAGCUAGUGGCGAGGGCUAGUGAAUGUCCAAUCAAAGCGCUUCCAUACGGCGAAUGGAUCGCGAAACUGCUGGAGUGCACGCCCGAGCGUCUGAAGCCUCUGCAGCCCAUGUUGGUAGAAAAGGUGCGACACAAUCUGACGCGGUGGGAGCUCUACGAGAGCAUGCCCACGUACGAGACCACCAAUACAGAAAGGGCUUUGGCAGGAUAUCCGGGGGGAAAGCUGGAGUUUCCGGUUCUGGGGCAGGUCCUGAUGAAGAGGUAUAUUGACUUUUUGGCGUCGUAUCGGACCAGCGCUAUGAGCAAUGGCACAUGUGGAUAGAUCG